CCUGUGUGUGCCUUGCGCAAGCGCCCUACAUUCCUAAAAAGUCGCUGAAGACUGCUGAAAAUUCCCUUCCUUUUCCAUCUCAUCAUACACCGCAGUUAUAAAGGAAACAGAUACAUCAAUUUCUUGUCUCUGCUUCUCCAGACAAAACCCCCGCACUCUUCCCAGAGAGCUAUUUUUGAGGCCGGCUCCACUGGGUUAUGUAAUCCGCGGAACACCGGUAUUACAGCUGUCAAUACGCGUACGUUGUAAUACGCUGUACAGACUAGGACCAAGACCGCAUCGCUCACUCUUUCUCCUCUUUCUUCCUCCAACUCGCCUUGCUCUUCCUCGCGCGCAUCUUCUUUCUUUCUCUCUUUAUCUUUCCUUCUCUCCCUGUCUUCUCCCGUCCAUUUCUCCCCGUCUCUCUCUCUCUCGCGCUCUCUUCCACCAUCCCCAAUUGCCUACCAUACCUCGAAUUGCCCGUCGGAGAUCCUUCUAUCGACUUAUCUCAGUCGCUUUCGGUCCGUCCGUGCAAUUCGCUGGGCUCCUCCUGUAACCGCUUGCACUACCGCCGUCCCUACCUUUCCCAACCUAAACAGCUCACUUUCCCACCCCCGUUUAAAUUGGGUCUCCUGGCCACUAUCUCUUUACUCGGCAACUAUAGAAGGGAAAGGGAUCUUCUGAAGGCUAGUGAGAGCCGGCUCACAUCAUGGCUUCUUUCAAGGUGACUUGGCUGCUCCGUGUUAAUAAUUAUUUAGCUUCCGCUGAUAACUAACUCCUCUUCCCCGUUCCCCCCAGCAGGAAUCAUCCCUUUCUCGACCUCUCCCUCAAUCCGGUAUCGCUGUCCGUCAGAACAAUCCCAAGCAUCAUUCACAUUCUAUUUCCCUCGGUGCCGUCAACUCCAACCAUCGUGUCACUCGCCGAAAGAGCGUGACCACGACCGCUGCUGCCAACGCCGCCGCAGCGGUGGCGGCCACCUUGAAGGACAACAACGCGGAGUCCCCUGGCAUUCCUAUGGCCCCUUCCUCCCACUGUCGAAUCGUCAAUGGCCGCAAGGGCCUGGAAUCAAGCUCAUUGGGAACAGGCUCCACUUUUAGCUCUUACCUAUCUCGGAGUAUGAACAGUGCCGGCCACAGCCACAGCGUGCAGAAGGCGUCCCCGAAUCCCGACGAAGCAUCUGCUGCGGAAGGCAGCUCCGUCGAUAAAUCCUCCAGCAAGAGUCGAAAUCGUCGCGCCAGCGAAGGCUCGCACCUAGUCAAAGGGGAAGGCAAGCGUUCCGUCCCCGAACUUCGCUGUGAGCGCUGUGGGAAAGGGUAUAAGCAUGGCAGCUGCUUGUCUAAGCAUAUGUGGGAGCACAACCCUGCGUGGGCCGUCACCUCGAAGCUACUCAUCUCGAAGCACCAGCAGGUACAAUUGCUGGAAGCCGCCACCGUUCUGGUCAACAUGAACCAGGAUGCUGUGCCCGGUGAUGCUCCCGAAUCGGAAGCCUCGUCUGCAUCGCCAGAUGCCUCGUCUGAACUACGAGAAGGCCUUAGCUCCGCCGAGACUACCCCGCCGCCCAUCGAUGACAGUGACGAUUUCGAUAUGUCAGAUAUGCCUCCCAGUUUUGAUAAGCGGUUUAGCGUGAGCAAUGCUUCUGGUGGUUAUGCCCACUCAUACCAGUCCAUUCCCUCUAGCUCCUUCACCGGCGGUGGACUGCACUCGCCUGCUUUCUCUCACUUCCGACACUCGAGCAUUGACACCAGACCGUCAACAGCGGAAACCAAGCUUCCAGACGACGAUGAAGCCGAUCUGGCCGCAGCUAUUCGCCUUUGCAAUUUUGGAACUCCUCGGACGGGACCUAUUGCUAUGUCGUCUGAUAUCCCUCCAGUGCCUCCUUCGCCAGCUCGCUUCUUGGACCAGACAGGUACUAGUCACUUGAGUAACGGCUUCAGUCAAUCGGGUACUAGUGCAGCUGAAGCCACCGCUCUACCUGGCUCAACUCCCAGCCUUUUCCCAUCGCUAUCCUUCAACCCUUCUCUUUCCUACAAGGUAUCUGAUGAAAGAGAAGCGAGAAUGGGUGACUCAGAUCGUGAGUUGAGGCAUCGCCGAAACAACGACGUCGAUUUUGGUAACCGUCACACACAUGCAGAUGAUGACGAUGACGGUGUCUUUGGCCGCAUGGAGGAGUAAGGGAAUCUACUUCUUGGUAGCCACAGCCUCGCUAGUGGCAUGGGCCUACAACAGACAGCCACGAUCCAGCUGUAAUUUUUAAAUCAUGAUGUACGAGCUUGAGCGAAUUUCUGAAAUUAUCUUCCCUUUCCCCAUCCCCCCAACUUGUCUUUUAACGUGGAUGCAUAUUUCGAGGUAUGCAUCGAAUUUCCUUGUUCUUCUGCGUUGUAUGACAGCAUUCCAGAAAUCAGGCGCAGGUCACGCCUGUGGGACCUUGCGCCCCCUGAGAAGGGCACGAUGAAACUAUCCAGACAUAUCGCAUGUUUGCUGGGACUUUGAUUCGGAACUAUUGUGUAUUAUUGAUCCGACCAUCCCAUGUAUCAUUUCGUUUCCAUACGAGAAUGCGCGAAAAGCGCAGGUGGCUUAUUCACAUAUACAUGUUGAUCUGCUAUCUAUUUUGCAUUGGACCUGGUUCCGUCCUCUCCUUCCUGUCACACACUCUAUCUCUCUCCCCCCUUUCCCCAUCUUCUGUCUCUAUGACCGCUCUGUUUUCCUAAAUGUACUCAAAUCCUCUCGGACGGGAUAUUGUCCGGUGACAUGAAUAUAUACGCUAUAAAUGAGAUUUCC